AUGUCGCAUGACCCAGGCCCCGCAAAGUUAAGUAUUAUUCCUUUGUUGAAAGCCAAAGAUUUAACCAAAUUAUAUUUACCGGAUAAUGUACAUGUAUUAUUACCUUUAACAGAAGAAUUUUCUACAGCGGAAGAAGAUGAUGAAGAUAAUAGGAUGGCGAAACUAAUCCUUUUCAAAAUUAAAAAGAAACAAUUAAAUUAUUAUAAUAUUUGUUCAAUUAAAACUGAAAAUCAAUAUUUAAAAUGGAUUAAAGAUUAUACAACAGAAAAUUUAAAAAUUAUUUUCAAGAUCUUAAAGAUUUGGAAAAAGGUUAUGGAAUUUCUAAAAAUAACAAAGAAGCCUUUAUAUGGUUUAAAAAAGCUAUCUACAAUAGUGUAG